AGAAAAGCAGAAAGCUGAAGUCAAGGACAGAAGGGUUUUAGAGAUUUUGCAAGCCAAAGACAGCCAAAUAGAAACCCUAGAACAGAGACUCACAGGACAGCAGCAGGAGAUAAACAACUUAAUACAGAGAAAAAUUGCUGUGGAUGAGGAAAAUGCCCGAUUGAAGAAUGAGUUCAGUAACUUGAACCAGAAAUUUAAAGAUAAAAGUCAAGAACUUAAGGACACUGAGGAGUGUGCACAGAAGAAGGAAGAGCAAAACAGACUGGUUAUAAAAAACCUGGAGGAGGAAAAUAAGGGAUUAAAUACAUGCUGUGCUGACCUGCUAAAUGACCUGGAGAAACUGAGGAAGCAGGAGGCACAAUGGAAAACAGAAAAAUCUGGCAACGAUGCCAGAAUAAAGAAUUUGGAAACUGAUUUGGCAGAGGCAAGAGAACAAAUGAAAGAAUUGCACAGUAUAUGCCGUAACUUGUCAUCUCAGGUAGCUGUGAAACAGGAGGAACUCUCCCAAAGGGAUUGUGAUGUGAUCAGAACUAAGAAGGAGUUACAGGAGCUGCAGAAUCUUUACAGACAAAACAUUGAACAUGCAGCACAGCAGGCUGAGCUCAUAAAGCAGCUUCAGGCUCUCAACACUGAUACACAGAAAGUACUGAAAGACCAAGAAGAUGCUCACACAGCUGAAACAACAUCAUAUCAAAAACUUUAUAACGAAUUGACUUUAUGUUUUGAAACUGUAAAAACAAGUGAAAUUCAACUGCAGAGAAGCUGUGCCUCUCUUCAGGAUCAGUUACUUGGAAAAGAUCAAAAGAUUUGUCAUUUACAAGAGCAACUGCAGCAGGCUUGUGAUGCUUUAAAUGCAGUACAUCAAAAUUCUUCCCCAAAAUGUGAAAUACAGGUAUUUCAACAGCCUUCUUUAAGUGAGCUACAGUGUCUUAUUACAAUGCAAAAAUCUGAAAUCGACCUUUUGCAGGAAAAAUUGAAAAAAGCAAGUCUUAACUUACCAGAGCAUAAUUUAUAUGCUACCGAUACUCUGGCAAGCAACAAUAUAAGGAUUGGAAGAAAGCAUGAGGAACCACCUGUGAAACGUUCAAGGUCUCUGUCCCCAAAGAGCUCUUUUAGAAAGUCAGAGGAGCUAAGGAAGCUUGAAAUAGCUGAAAGGAAGAUUGAAAAUUUAGAGAAGACACUACAGCUAAAGACUCGAGAAACUGAUGAGCUAAGAGCAGCCCAUGAAAAACACAAAGAGAGGCUGCAGAUGUUACAGACCAACUACAGAGCUCUAAAAGAGCAAUUAAAGCAGUGGGAAGAGGGUGAUAGCAGGACUGAAAGUAGUAAAAGCAGAUACCAGCAUGCAGACCCCCGUCAGCUUUGUCAAGAGGAUACUGAUGCUUUGUGGAAUGAACUGGCUUUUUUCAAAAGGGAACACAAAAAGCUGUUGAUUGAAAA